CUUCUGAGUAAUCUGAAAAUCGUUUCACUCAUUGGUUCAUUCUUAUCGCUCGUACUGUCAUCAUGAACCCUACGAUAGAAGUACCAGCAAGCGGGGAAGUCUCAGCAGUGGCAGCGGUCCCAGGAUUGAUUCCACCAACGCCUGCACUCUCAACUGCAAGUUCUCCCCAACCUUCAAUCAGAGAAGGUGGUCCUUCGACACCUGCACCAGAACCAGCAGCUGCGGUUAUCAUACAGGACAGUCCACUCACAGCAGCGCUGACAAAUCUCAUUGAACUCGCGAAACAAGAGAAUUGGCAGGCAUUGUCUUUAUCGGCACUCGAAGCAGAGACAAUGUUUGCACAGGUUGAUCCAGACGAUAAACUCUGGGAGGCGAUAUACAAUCUCAGUAUACUUUCUGACUUGUUGCUUGAUAAUCUUCCAGCUGCCCAAGCUACCCUUAAUCGUUCAACAGCUAUAGUCAAAGACAGAUUAGGAGUCUCAAUUUCAUACUAUUUCAACCAGCAGUAUAAAGACGCCUUACAAGCUCUCACGCAGUUGGCUACACAACCGCAGACACUCGUAAAUGACGCCAUCACUAGCGUGUUCAAUCACAUAUUGAGCCUCUAUCAAACGAAAGUCCUCAUGAGAGCACUCAAUGUCGUCGCACUUAGUUGCUCAGCUGUACAAGUAGUGAAAGUGAGUGAAAGUAUCGGUGUACCACACAAUAAGCUUGUUGAUAUUCUCAAAAAUCUCGGCUGGAGCUUCAGCGAAGACGGUAGCGUCGUAUACCCAUUAACUUCAUCAUCCACUCAAAAUCUUGAAAAACCAACACUCCAAAACAUUGCGUCUAGUGUAUACCUCCUUGAGACGAGCUAAUGGAGGAUUAUCGCUAGUGACGCCCUUGCAUCGCGUUUUUUAUGACACUCAUUGUUGUUUCCAAUAAGAAUUAUGAAUUUAAGUAGCAUAUGAUACAAAUGAAGGUGAUUAAGAUGAUAGAUAGACAGAUAGAGUGGAAAGAAGAAGAUCCUCCAGGGAUAUAUUGAGAUUAAUGGAAUGGUUAUCCUUUUUUCUACCGAUAGAGCGUAUUUUUUAAACUCUAAUACUGCUAUGUCUGACGCCACUUCUACGUGAACCGAUGCUCGAAAUUGAUGGCUUUGUGAGUGACAUCCUUGAUGGGAUUGAUUUCACACUUUGGGUGAAGUUACGAGAUUGUGGUGUCUUGUCGACGAGACUCUCAAGGGGGAUAACACCCUCUUCCUUGAAUUCACCCUCUUUGUUGAGUUUUACAACGAAUGCCCAUCCAUCGUCCCAUUCCUUCAAGAGAAGGACUGUAUCUCCAGUCAUGACGGCUAUUUCAUCAGACAUGGUAGGUACGAAUGAGAGUUUGACGGUGCGCACAUCCGCAGUUGGGCUUUCCAAAGGUGAUUGUGGGAGAUCAUCAAUGUAGGUUGGUGUUGAAGGUAUGGAUGGAUAUGAUGGAGACUUAAGUGAUGCCAUCUGUUGCGUAGCAAAUGUGGAAUUAGUUGGUGAAGGCGUAACCAGUGAAUAAGACUCGGAAUUCACUUCGAACCCGUGCAAAAGCUUUGGAAGUGGCGUUUUCAAAUUACCAAAAUCUUCUUCCUCAUCAUAAAAACGCUUUUCACCAAAAGAAGAUGCACUAGAUGGUGAUUUAAUGCUCAGUGGUGGAGAUUCGCUUGAUAUUUUUUCGCGUAGUUUUGAUCUGGCAUUCAUAAGUGUAGGUGAGACAUUCUUCUUUCCAACUGAGUUAGCGAAGCGUGAACUCUUGCGUUCUUCCAUUUUGUCCCUACGUGUUCGGAUUAUGUAUGUCAUGAUAGCACAUAUGGCUGCUACUAUGAUGAUACUAGCGAUGACUAUAGCGGCUAUGACACCACCCGUUAUGCCAUGAUUUUCUGUUUGUUGUUUUCCUUGAGAUGACGGGGUGAAUGAUUUUGAAG